CACCGCGCCAUUUUAAGAGAGAGAGAGAGAGAGAGAGUGUGUGCUGCACCUAGGAGAAGAAGAAAGCGAGCGCCGGGGAGAGACAAUUCAGUCACUAAUCACGGCGGAACCGACUCAUUAAAAUCGUUCUUGGGCUCUUCUGCAAACUAGUGAGAUCUUUCUCGUCGAGCUCGGAGAUUCCCGUUGCCGUUGAAUGCAGAGCUGAGGUAAACAAUGACUCAGUUUCUGCCCCCGAACCUGCUGGCCCUGUUUGCGCCGCGGGAUCCGAUUCCGUUCCUGCCGCAGUUGGAGAAACUUCCACAUGAAAAGCAUCACAACCAGCCGUACUCCGGCAUCGCUCCGUUCAUCAAGCACUUUGAGGAUCCUCGAGAUGCGCCGCCACCAACCAGAGCUGAAACGCGAGAGGAGAGACUGGAAAGAAAGAGGCGGGAGAAGAUGGAGAGGAGGCAGGCGGUGGUAGAAACCGAACUGAAGCUGUGGGAUCCUCACAAUGACCCGAACGCACAAGGAGACGCUUUCAAGACCUUAUUCGUGGCUCGAAUUAAUUACGAUACUACAGAGUCCAAACUCCGCCGCGAGUUUGAGGUCUACGGCCCCAUCAAGCGAAUCUACAUUGUGUACAACAAGAGGACCGGAAAGCCACGAGGCUACGCUUUCAUCGAGUACGAACACGAGCGAGACAUGCACUCGGCCUACAAGCACGCGGACGGUAAAAAGAUCGAUGGCCGCAGAGUUCUGGUUGACGUAGAGAGAGGUCGCACCGUGAAGGGAUGGCACCCUCGCCGGCUGGGUGGAGGUCUGGGUGGUACUAGGAGAGGUGGGGCAGAUGUUAACAUCAAACAUUCUGGUAGAGACGACACCUCCCGCUAUGAUGACCGACCUAUUGGAAGUGAUCGGGAUCGUGAUCGCGGAGAACGGCGCGAACGGAGCCGGGAACGCGAGCGAGAAAAGGAGCGCGGCGAGCGUCGGCGAUCACGCUCACGGGAAAGGCGAAGACGUACGCGGUCACGUGAGCGUGAAAGGGCAGCAGUGCCAGUCGUGGAGGAGACCGGAGGUCGGCGCAGGGAAAGGGAAAGAGAGAGGGAGAGAGGAGAAGGAGAAGCCAAACCACGUGAAAGAAGCAGAGAGCGCGAGCGGGACAGAGAUCGCAAGAGGAGGAGCCGGAGCAGGGAAAGGAGGAGGGAUAGGGAGCGAGGGAAGGGCGCAGAGGGAGGUGAAGAGGGCGCAGGCGGUCUGACCGACGGCAUGAUGGGAGAAGGAGGAGAGCGUGGGAUGGACGAGUCUGCCAUGGGCGAGCAGGGUCGAGGAGAGGAGGGAGGACCGGAGGGAGAAGAGCGAGGACGAGAUAGAGACAGAGAGAGGGAUAGAGAUCGGGACAGGAAGCGUAGUCACAGAGAUAAAGAUAGAGACAGGGACAGAGAAAGGAGGAGGGACAGAGACCGGGACAGGGGCGAUCGCGAGCAUAAGCGGGACAGGGGCGAUCGCGAGCGUAGAGAGGAUCGACACGGCUCUCUACUUCCACCCAUGGGCGAGAACGAAGGCUUGGGGAACGGAGAAGAAAGAGAUGGCUCUCUUCCGCCACAGAUGGAGGAAGGUUCACAGGAUGGGAUGAACGCCACGAUGAUGGACCAGGACUCCAUGCAGUCUGGAGACGGCUACGCCUCUAAUGAGAACGGCUACAAGAUGAUGGAGGCCCAGGGUGAUGAGUACUAAUCACUCGAGGUGCUCAUGUGUCCGAUCCAAAUAAAAUGAAUACUCUGAGCGUGUCUGUACAUCUGGUAAGGAGUUAAUGAGUGUCUAUUCAAUCAGCUUCAUCAGAGCAUGAUCUGUCCACCAUGAGCCGUGUCCUCUGGGCUGAAAUAGGAACAGCUGAACUGUGAUUUAUUAUUAUUAUUUUUUCCCCUCCCACCAAAUAGUUUCGGCAAGGAUUAACUAAAAAUGGUGUGCUGAAAGACUCCUGUAUUAGUUUAACCCGUCGGUGGUUGUGCUGUAUUUUUGUAACAACUCAGUUAUUUGAUUACAGGGAUCGUCAUACAGAGUUCCAAUGUAUUUGGUUUUUUUGUUUUUUUUUCUUUUAUUAAUCAGCUCCAAGCGUCCUUUCAAGGUAAGAUGCGUUUAAGAUGGUUUCAAAAGCUUCAUCAUGUACAGCCGUGUCUCGACGUUCCACUUUGUGGAUCAGAAGCAAUGGAGGGGAGGAACAAAAAAACAAAGGAGGGAGACAAAUUUGUGCUUUUACCUGAGAAUACGUUGCCAUAGGUUCACAACAGGUUGCUCUUAUUUUGUAAUUAGUCUUAUUUGUUUUGAAGAAAAAGAAAGAAAAGAGUAUGGAUGCUUUGUGAGCCACCUCUUCUAGUGACAUUUGUUUUGGGGUUCUGUUUUUGUGUAUUGCUUCUCUUUAAUAAAUGCGCUUUUUUUAAUUAAAA